AUGACCUUGUUAUGCCCUGUCAUUCAUACUCGAGACAUAAGUCUAUUCCCGAAAAAUCUACCUGCUGCGCUUGGCCCUUCACACUCGACAUUCAAUUCUGUGAUGGGAAUCGUUCCCCGAAGUUACGAGAUGCUGGGCCUUGCCACUCACAUUCAACAAUCAAGAAUCACUGCCCGAAGUUGCGAGAUGCUGGGCCUUGUCGUUAACGUUUGGCAUUCAAAUAUGUGGUGGAGUGGGGUCCACACUCAGGAAACCAAACUACUCUCAUUUACUCCAGGAACUACUACCCAAAUGCUCGAGACAACGUCAAGCUGUUUCGUGACGGCAUUUGCUCCAGGAAUCGUCCCCCCAGAUCUGCGAGACGUUACGUGUUGUCGCUCACAUACGACGUUCAAUCCUCUGGGGGGCAGAAGUCUAUACACAGAAAAUCACGUUAUUCUAAAUUACUGCCCAAAGUUGCGAGAUGCUGGGCCUUACCGUUCACAGUUUGAAUUUGAAGAUGUGGAAUCGUCACCCAGAUUUGCGAGACGUUACGUGUUGUCGCUCACAUACAACGUUCAAUCCUCUGGGGAGCAGAAGUCUAUACACAGAAAAUCACUUUAUUCUCCAAGCCCAGGCGCUGUGGAUGAUGCCAUUUCAGUUGGUAUAAUGUUAGAGUGCAUGUGCGUUCUCAUUGAGAUGCCUACCUGGAGCCCAAAACAUGCGAUCAUUUUCUUUUUCAACCAUGCCGAAGAAUCCCUGCAGAACGGAUCACAGUUAUACUCUACCCAACAUCCUACUGCCCCAACGUACCCAAUUCAGCUUACCAACCUCCAAGACCAAGGGGGUAUCGGGAUUUAA